UCCCACCUUCUGCUUUCUCUUCCAUCUUUAUCUCUUUUUUUUCGUUCAUAUGUCACUCACAUCUUCCUCUUCCAUCUUUAUCUUUUAUUUCUUUCAUCAGUCACUCAUCUUCCAGAUGUAUCCCACUCCAUUUUUUCCCUUCUUCCUUCUUAAAUUGUAUAUAUGUAUUCUUUCCUCUUCAACUUAUUCAAUUUCACCGUUCCUCUUCUUAUUCAGAUUUAAACAAUCCACUGUUCGUGGUAAAUUUUAGGUGUAAACGGAAAAUUAAACUCCAUAUCCGGUCAAUUCAUCUCUUAAAUAUAUCUCAUGCGGCCGAAUUCCAGUUAAAGGCAACUAACUUGCACAAUAUGGAAGUAGAAGCACUAGAAGAAUUAGUGGUGGUGGUGGAGGAGAUGGCGGCAGUCCAAGCGGAGGGCUCACCUGAGGGCGGCGGCGCUAGAAAAUAUGGAAGUGGCAAAUGAAGACUCUUGAGAGCAGCGGCACAUUGGUGACGUCAGUGGCGGCAGAGCCGGCAGCGACGGCAGUGCUGAAGGCGGCGGUAGUGCCGACGGCGGCGACAGUUCCGACGGCGGCGGCAGUGCCGAUGGCGGCGGCGGCACAGGAGAUGGUGGCUGGCAGCGUCAAAUUUAGAGCGUAUGUAGACAAGAUCUAUAUAAAACUCUAUUUUGUAUUUUGUUUUAUGCUCCAGUAUUAUCUAAUAUGUAUUAUAUUAAACGGAAGUCUUCAGCUUCUUUUCAUUAAGGGUAUUAUUAUCACUUGAAUAGAAAUUCCGUGUCAAACAUGAUUG